CAGUGCGGUUUAAUCAGCUGCAGAAGAAGACCGGAGUUCAGAGAGAGCUGAGGAGCCGCUAGUGUUGAUAACAGACCCGGCAUGACUUUCAGAGCAAAAAACAGCUUUUAUAGUUUAUACCGAGCUGGAAAGAUUCCCCCGCUCCCCGCAGAGCUCCUCACCCGGCCCUACCGCUCAGCACCGCGGCCCCGAGCCGCUCACAUGGGUCCGGCUGCUGCUCCGCUCCCGCUUCGCUGAUAUAAACACCGACUCCAGCCGGAUUCAUGGCUUCAUUUUCCGGAGAGAGUAUAAAUCAACUGCUGGUGGAGGUGAGCCCAGAUAUCCACAUCUGUGGCUUCUGUAAGCAGCAGUACAACAAUUUUGAAGUCUUUCUUGCCCACAAGCAAAACGGCUGCCAGAUUACCACAACAGAGAUAUCAGCUCAAACGCAUGGAGCUGCUGAAUCCAUUCAAGGGUUUGCUCUGGAGGAGGCAUUUCAGACAUGCGUGUCGAAAGUUGUGAAGAAGACGAUGACCAAAACUCAGAAAUCACCCGCAAAAAAGCUCAAACCUGCACUGGUUCAAAAAAGAUACGUAUGCUGCUUUACAGGAUGUACGUUCAAAACACAGUACGGCCAGAAAGAUAUGGAAAGGCAUAUGCUAACUCAUACUGGUGAGAGGCCUUUUGAGUGUGAGCUCUGUCACAAGAGGUUCAGCCGGCGGGACAAGCUGAACCUGCACAGCCGUUCACACACGGGGGAGAAGCCGCACAAGUGCAAGCACUGCCCGUACGCUGCGGCCGACAGCAGCAGCCUGAAGAAGCACCUGCGGAUCCACUACGACGAGAGACCGUUCAAGUGUCAGAUCUGUCCGUACGCUAGCCGAAACUCCAGCCAGCUCACCGUUCAUCUGCGCUCACACACAGGAGACGCCCCCUUCCAGUGCAGCCAGUGCGACGCCAAAUUCAAAAUCAACUCGGACCUGAAGCGGCACAGCCGCGUGCACUCGGGCGAGAAGCCCUACAAGUGCGACCUCUGCGACUACCGCUGCGCCAUGAAGGCCAACCUGAAAUCACACGUGCAGCUGAAGCACGGAGCGGCCGGCUCAUACAGCUGCCCGGAGUGCGACUUCCGCUGCUCGGCCAAAGCGGCCCUUCGCCACCAUUCACGCCAACACCGGCCCGCUCAGCCGCUGCAGUGCGGCCUGUGCUCGUACUCAUGCUCCAGCAAGGGGGCGCUCAAGGUGCACGAGCACGUGCACUCGGAGGAGCGGCCUUUCAGGUGCGAGCACUGCACUUUCUCCAGCAAGCAGCGCAGCAACCUGCUUAUCCACAGGAGGAAAUGCCACGGGGAGAAAGCCGAGAGGAGGGUGAAGACAGGUAGAGGGAGCAGAGUCGACCAGGGGGCGUCGCCCAAACCUCCCGGCUCACGUUACAGGGCAAGGCUUGAGGCAACUCGAGCUUUUCGCUGCAACCUGUGCGACGCUUCGUUUGUACGAGAGGACUCGCUGCGCAGUCAUAAGAAGCAACACAGUAAAAAUAAUAAUAAUAACAAUAAUAACAAUAAUAAUAUUAACUUACAGCAGCAGAACAGAGCUGCUAAUUUACAGCCGCAAACCACAGUCGUAGCUAAAGUGCCUCUGCAGGACUCCAGACAUAUUUCUCUGGCUGUUUCUAACAACUCUAUACCUUCCUUUAGCAGCACACAGCUCAAAAUCAUCGUCACGCCUCCUCUAAGUCAGGAAGGCGCUUCAGCUUUCCUCCAGGCGGCGGUAGCCGUGCCUUCGUCUAAACCUGGAACAGUCUUGCUCGGUCCAGAAGGGCAAGACGUGCUUUUGAACCCCGUAAUACAGCAGGUAAGUCUGUUAACUCCAGUCCAGCACAUCAACACGACAGUCGAAGGCGGCCACGACCACCAGACAGUACUGCUCGCUCAUAUCAGACACAGUGAAGAAGAAAAUCCACUUCAAGAGACUUUACUCCCAACCAGCAUCUCCUCUCAGACCACAGACCCCACUCAGAGCUUCAUCAGCACAUGCCCCGCCCCCUCAGCUUCCCACAGUGGCCACACCUUCAUCGCAGCCUGCUCCGACCUGGACAGCCUCCACGCUCUCAUCCAGCAGGGAGGUAACGAGGUCACGGUGGUCACUGAGGGAAACUCCUCGGUCUCCGCGGCGUCAGACUCCUCCGCCUUCGGACUCUCUCUGGACAUGGACAGGCCUCCUUCUCAGGACAUGCCCAAACACACAGGUAACAGGGUUCCAGGUGAGGACUCACCUGGUUUGGUAAUGACCAGUUUAGGAAUGGAACCCUCCAGUACUCUUCUUGUGCACAGUGUCCCUCUGUCCAUCUCAACGCAAGAUCAACAGCCACACAUAUACCAGCUCUCGCCCCGUCAUAUCUUCUCAGACUCUAACACAGCGGACAACAGCGAGGACUGAUCCAAUAAAUUAAUAAAUCACAUAUCUGCAACUGUCUGCAUAUCUGCUGUUUCAUAUAGUGUGAACAUUUUUAGGAUACACCAGGUAUCCUAUCUAUAUUGGGAUACAUAUUAGUUUGUGCUGAAGCGAAUUAUCAUGACUUUAUUUAAAGAUGGCAGCACCCAGAGAACUAGCUGAAGGUACUGUGUGUAUAAACAGUGUUUUUAAUAAACUACACAUGCACUUUUCAA